AUGGAAUUAGAAAAAACAUUGCACCGAGUUUAAGAAAGAAUUUUGACUCAUUAAUAAGCACCUAAAGUGACUAACAUUUGCAGUAAGAUCUUGUUGUGCAUAGUGUCAAUAAAUUUACUUAUAAUUUGGGGAUUGAGUAAUAGAACUAUUAAUUAAAUCUAAUUUGAUCCAGAUGCUAAAGAUAAUAUCUAUCAUUUUUCAAUUACAGACGAGGAUAAUACAAUAUUAAUGAUGAAGUAUUCAAGCAUUUAAGAACUAUUGCACUUAAAAACAGAAUAGCUUCAAGCACACAAUUUCACAAUAAUUAACAUUUCUAUAGAUUAUGACAACUACUUCGAUAGUAGUCUCUAAAAGUUACUUUCUUUUACUACAAACUUAGAAACCUUAUUCUUACAUGAUGUUGCCUACUCAGUCUUUUCAGAUAUUUAUGUGAUAAAUAAUGCGACAAAUCAAACAUUCUUUUGGAAGGAAAGGGAAGCCCCUCAAAAUUACUUAGCGAAAUCUAUAAAGCAUUUUUGGAAGUUUACAAUUAUUACAUUGGGAGUGUUCAUUUCUUCAGCAAUUUCGUCCCUCUACAUUAAAAUUACAAUUAUUUGUGCUCCAGUCAUCAUAAUCAUUAUGCGUAUCAAUUAUUUUCUAUAUUCUAUUUAGUUGAAGUAUCCUAUCUCAUAGGAAAUAGACAAAUAUUCCCAAUCUUUUUGGCCCGGGCAUUCCCUUGGAUUGGAUUAUAUUUAAAUAUUCUAGAUAGAACAUAAAAAUCAAAGAAAUAACUCAUCAUUGCUUUUGCUUUUAUGCUGUUUCUAACUUAUUUCAUCUACUUGUCCUCAGUGAUAAUAGGAAGUUACUUACUAUUCAAAAACCAGGUUCCAUUCGGUUUGGAAGACAACUUUUUUGGGUAACCUUUUAUUUACAAUCUAAAGGUUAGUUACAGUGAAUGAGUUUGCCUCAUUAUUGUUCUUGAGAACGAGAUCUUCUAUCUACUUUGUACCCAAAUUCAUCAUUAUAUUUUAUUACUUAUUCCUUUGGUAUGUUAGAUCAACAAGUAAAAAUUAAUUAAGUAACAUAAGGUUAUGGUUUUUACUCACUUGCCAUGUAGACCUUAUCAUAUGCAUGUUUGGGAACAUUUUGUCUAUUCAUUUCCCUUUAUGAAAUUCCAAGUUUGGGAUGGAAUCCCCUUUCAUUUUACACACCAACUAUUGAUAGACCACGAUGUUACUAUUUGCCAGUAUUUUCAAUGAGUUGGGUCAAUGAUUUACCGUAGUUAUGGUCAAUGUUUUACCCUCUGCAUGGAAGAAGGUAAUAAAGGAUAUCAUAUUUAGAUAUUUUCAAAUUGAAAAUUUAGCCUUAGUAGAUAGAAACUUCCCACUUCUUAACAAUCUCUUAGAUAUUGAAAUGUAAGAAUAAUAAUGA